AUGCCGAUAUUUGUACACCGGAAUACCACUUCAAACAGCGGCUGGGACCACUUCCUGGACCAGUUGUACUCAGAUCCUAUGCCAUCUUCAGCCAGCCAAGGAACAGAUAGGAUUCCCUUCGACUUAAAUAUGCCCUCAGGACCGUACCGAACGUUGAGCGACAACUCCAGGAGCAUUCGACUCGCAUCAUUUUCCACCACUCCCGACGGCGACAUCAUAUGUGUAUUCAAACAGUUUAGCGACUUAAAUAAUUGUCCCCCUUUUAUCGCGCUUAGCCACACAUGGGGUCCGGAGCAACCUGCCAAAUAUAUUAAUCUCGGUGGGUACUGUUUCGAGGUUCGCAACAAUCUGUAUUCGUUUCUCAAGAAUAUUUCUCUGGCGAGCAGGUUGUGGGCCCAGCAAGCAAGCUACGAAUCAGGAUCCAGGAACUCGAGCAGAAAGUUGAUGUACGACGUGGAACGUUGGAAAUGGUGGUGGAUUGACGCCAUCUGCAUAGACCAAACCUCGACCAAGGAGAAAAAUCACCAAGUAGGAAUAAUGAGCCAGAUAUACUCCAAGGCGAGCUUUGUGCUUGUUUGGCUCACGCCUGAUAACACAUCGACGAGCUCUUGGGCCGAGCGAAGAUCCAUGACUGAUAGAUGUGAAGAACUCGAGACGACGCAAAGGAUUCUGAGCAAUGAGUACUGGACUCGCGUCUGGAUAAUACAAGAGUUCAUCCUAGCACAAGACCUUUUACUUUGCUGCGGCAACACAGUUGUUACGUGGAAAGAUUUCAGACAGCACGUUGCUGCCCAUGCGAGAGAGCUUGAAUUUAACGACCGGACUUUGACAUACCUAAUGGAGCAGAGAUACUUCAAGGAGAACGACCGUAUCGAGAGACGCUUGCCAGUCUUACUACGCAAGUUCUCUAGCUUUCAUUGCACCGAUCUCCGGGACAGGGUUUUCGGCCUGCUUGGCUUAGCAGAUUCGACAGUGCGAGCGGAUUACAGGUUGAGUUGUCAAGAAGUGCUUGCGCUCGUCGUCAGCACCUACAAGAAAGACUACGACUUAAACGUCACGAAUAAUUUUGAGCCUUUAGCUCGUGCUUUAGGGCUUGGCGCGAAAGAAGCAUAUAAAGUGUACUUUCGAAUAUUUGGCAAAUACGGAAUGCCUAAACUGUUUGCGAGAAAUAACACGUGGCUAGGAGAACGACACCUUCUUGACUCCAGUUCUGUGUAA